AUGAGCAUCGAUGGCCUCACGAAUCCUCCGGCGGGAUACGUAUGUACGUUCACUGGAUGUAACGCUGCGCCGUUCCAGACUCAGUACCUUCUGAACUCACAUGCCAACGUCCACUCCUCUGCCCGACCGCACUACUGUUCUGUCAAGGGUUGUCCUCGCAGUGAGGGCGGGAAAGGCUUCAAGCGAAAGAAUGAGAUGAUUCGACACGGGCUUGUACACGACUCCCCAGGAUAUGUAUGUCCAUUCUGUCCGGAUCGAGAGCAUAAAUACCCGAGACCAGACAAUUUGCAAAGACAUGUCAGAGUCCAUCACGUGGACAAAGACAAAGAUGACCCGCUGUUAAGGGAGGUCCUUUCCCAGCGGCCGGACGGGCCCAACCGCGGCAGACGGCGCAGAGGAGGGCCUGCUUAA